AUGUAUCAGAACCUGCCUCUCCACUCACUGGUUUUAGUUCUUUUUACAGACCCGUCUGGACCACACUGUUUCUACAGUAAUUACUGCCCACGGCUAGUUUAUCCUCUGACUCGUCCAGUCCAGCAGUACACCGUGGUGGGAGCUUCACCAAUGUACGCGGAAACUGAAGCAGAGCUUGAGACGAGACUCGACAGCAGGGACACGCAGAAGGGACACGCAGGACACUCGAGGAGCGGCCCCAGGAGCAGCCCCUGUACCAGCCCCGGUACCAGCCCGGAGCGGCACCAGGAUCAGCGCAGAACAGACGAGACGGGUCGGGAGUCUUCUGUGGCGGACGGACGCGGUGCAGCAGGAGCGGCCCAGGGAUUUACAGGACGCCAGGGUUCGAGACGCACAUCCAAUCUGCGCGCGCGCACUAUCGGAGCCCACCAGGAGUGUGGAGAAAAGGCCAGCACCAAGCUAAUGUGUGUGCAGUGUGGUGUUUUUAAGUGUGAUUUCCCCUGUCCCCCCAACCAGUGUGACCGAGGCUCGGACAGACGUAGGCAGACGCGCGCUCUGGGAGUGCGGGCAGACUGGUACGCGGAGCCAGCUCGGCCUGGAUCAGCAGCGGACCAGACCAGCCCGGGGUGGCUAGACUGCGCACGCCAGAUAAAUCGCAUCAACCCUCCUACCAGUGGGAUGAACGGGGCCGCCCCAUCUGCUUACAGUGUGGACUUUCUGGACAUGUUCGGCGCUGGUGCCCACAAAGGCAACAAAGACAGCAGGAUUUUUAGCAACCCCUACAGCUGA